AUGAGGCAAUUUAAUGUGGUAGUUCUUGGAGCCGGAGGUGUUGGGAAAUCAGCACUGACUGUUCGUUUCAUCCAAGACGUCUUUGUCGAGAAUUACGACCCAACAAUUGAAGAGGAAUAUCGGAGAACGAUCACGGUGGACGGACAACUUGAUUCGCUCGAAGUUCUUGAUACAGCCGGUGCAGAACAGUUUACUUCUCUCAAUGAAGUUUACAUCAAGUCGGGUCGUGGGUUCGUUCUUGUGUUUAGUUUGACGCAAGAAGCUAGCCUUCAGGAAGUCGAUAACUUGCGAAAGCAAAUCCUGAGGAUCAAAGGAGGCGAUACAACAGCGCCUAUUGUAAUCGUCGGCACAAAACUUGAUUUAGUGAAUGAAAGAGAAGUUCAGCGCGCAACAAUUCAGACGCUGGCUUCGCGGUGGGAAUUACCUUUCUACGAAACAUCAGCAAAAAGAAAUUGGCAUGUCGCAGAAGUAUUUGAAGAAUUGCUGAGACAGAUGCGAAUAAGAUACCCAGCGGAUCCUUCAAGGGGACGGAGAAGGCGGGCGAGUGGAUGUAUCGCGAUGUAG